UUACGUGCCAUCCUAUCCUAUCUGACCUAUCCCUCCCACCCACCCAGGUACAUAUUUCGUCAUUUUCGUCUUCCUAUUUCCCGUGCUCUACAAACCCAAAAAUGUAACUUGUUCCUGUUCCAUCGCGCCGUACCCUCGUCUGUUUGCGCUCCACCAUAUGUUACAAAUGACAGUCUGCAUGCUCCACCACGUCCUGUUGUUCAUAAUUCAGACGAACUAAAUGAGUUGCGCUAUGCUGGAAGUGUUGUUCGACAGAUAUUCCGAGAAUUAGAACUCCGACUAAAGCCCGGUUGGACAACCCAGGAUAUUGAUGAUUUCGUUUUCGAACGCUGCUGUUCCAAGCGAGUCUAUCCAUCUCCCCUAGGCUAUCACGAUUUUCCCAAAUCCGUAUGUACUUCAGUGAAUGAGGUUGCUUGCCACGGGAUACCUUCCUCAUCUGAAGUGCUUCAACCUGGUGAUCUGAUAUCUGUGGACAUAUCAAUCUACACCGGUCGAGCUCACGGUGAUGCUUGUCGCAGCUACGUGAUCUACGCGUCCGAUGGUCAAGUAGUGGAUACCAAAAAUUAUAAAAAACGUGUCAAGACCGCGCAGUUCUUAUGUGAUGUGGCACAAUUGUGUUGUGAAGCGGGCGUCUCAAUCUGUGCACCAAAUGUGCCAUUCCGCGAACUCGCUCAGGUUAUUUCCAUGGUUUCCGAUAAUCAUGGCUGCCGUGUUGUGGCUGGAAUCCGUGGGCAUGGAAUUGGGAAAUUUUUACAUGGACCACCGGAAAUCCUCCAUUCUGUCUAUGAAUUGCCAAUGGCGUCCCCGGCGUCUGCCGGUGUGAUGCGAACUGGGCAUGUGUUUACCAUAGAACCAUGCAUAGCUCUUGCUGAUCCAUACGCGGCCAAGCCGGAGGAUGGCUGUUUUCAAGUGCCUGCAAGUCCUGUGAUUGCCGAGGAUGGCUGGACUGUGACUACAGCAGACAGAGCACUAUGUGCACAGUUUGAACAUACAGUGGAAAUCACAGAUACAGGAAGCUCGAUCCUUACUUAG